AAUGCUACUCGAAGUGACACACAAAUCGGAUGCAUUUAGUCUCUACAAAUUUUCUCGUGAAUAAGGCUGCUCUCUUCGACAUCGCAGUAGAAUUGAAACCCGAAGCAUGUGUAAGACAGGUAAUCGAGAAUAAUUGCACGUUGAUUUCGUCCCCAUGUGAAUGCUAAUAUCAGAUUUCCUCGGUCAACAAUCGUUUACGGAGCGCCAAGCACGAGUGCAUGCAGCUCGACAUAUGCUUGCAAAACUUGAAUCUGGACAAAUAAGCGAAAAUGAAUCUGGGAGAAAGUGUUCCAUGGAGCUGCGCUUCCUUCCCUACCAAACGGACGAGUCGUUAUGUCUGCUUCGGCCAGUGCUGCUUGAAGCGUACCAGCGCGCAUAGCGAUGCCUCUAGCGUGGUUCGCGCAGUAAAAGGAAGCGUCUUGGUGCGUGAAUACAUGCUUCUGCAUGCGAAAGAAGUGCGUUACUCGCUGUGAACAGUUUUCACUUUCAUCGUCGUCCUUUUCAUCAAGCACACCAUUAUGGAUCUAAUCUGUCGUCUUUGUAUGGAGGAAAGUAAUCUCAAUCAGUCCAUGGCCGAUCAAGCAAUUCUAACCAUGGUAGAGGAAUGCGUGCAGAUAAAGCUGGAUAUAGAUAAUGAUUUGUUUCCUGUUGAGAUCUGCGACGAUUGUUACUACAAAGUAAAAGAUUUCUCUGAGUUCAAGGAAAAUUGUCACAGUAUACAAGAGAUGCUGCGGCAGGAAAUUGAGGAGAACCGUCGUCAACAAGAUGAGAGGUCUGUCCUAGAGCUGUUCGGCGAUGGCAUUCCGUACUCUGAAGUAGAAUACAUUGACGAGAGUUUACUUUUUGGAGAUAUCCUCUCCGAUGAGUUCAUUACAAACGCCUACAAUAACAACAAUCAGCCAAAUGAAAAGGAGGAAUCUGUGCAAACUCGAUCGAAGAAAACUGGUGCUAGGAAAAAGAUAAAACCAAAACGUAGCUACAAGGACGAAUACAAUGCAGCACUGGUUACCUGUGAAGUUUGUGGUAGAAUGGUGCACAAAACUCUGAUUCCGGGUCACUUGAAUAUGCAUAAAGGUGUGAAGCCAUACAGGUGCCCUAAGGAAGGCUGUGCGUCAUCUUUCCACUGCAAGCAUAAAUUGAAACGUCAUAUUGGUUAUAAGCACUCAGAUGGAAACUUCCCGUGCGAUAAAUGCGACAAGACAUUCAACAGCAACCUGGCCUUGUAUCAUCACAAGUUCGCAACGCACCAGAAACCGGACAAAGUUUGCCAAGAGUGUGGUAAAAAGUUUCGAACUACGCACGGUUUGAACCGACACAUGCUAACACACAAUCAGGAGCGAAAAUUCAAAUGCCUCUAUUGUCCAAUAACAUUUGUGAAGGAGUCAGUGCGGGAAAUACACCACCGAACGCAUACCAAAGAAAGGCCUUUCGUUUGCAAGGAGUGCAAUGCCGAUUAUAGCUUUCGACGACUGCUAGUUAAUCACGUUAGGCGGAAGCAUCCAGGGUCGGAAGAUUUGUUGAAGAAUAUCAGAAGUAAAUAGAAACGAAGCACACAGACACUACGCUACGCAGGUAUCUGAAAAAAUCGUCAUCACGGCGCCCAAGUUGUAUGAGAUUCUAACAGGGACGUAUAUUUCGAAUUAAAACAACAUUUUAUCAUUGGAUGAAACAUGAUUGAGAUUUUUAUUAAACGUGUACACAUUCAAAUUACAUACAUAAGCAAAUGCUACAAUGUUUCAAACACUGACGUAAUAUAUCCUUUAGGUGAGAUCUUAAAAAUGAGGCAAACGAAUUCGUGUGCAAAUAUCACAGUCACGCGAGAAAAAAACAAGUUCUAUUGUCCGAAUGAGAUGCGACAUUUUAGGAUUUCUAUGCUAAAAAUGGAAUAUUUUGCCUCCUGUGCGUUUACCAUGCUGUAUGACUCGACUGGCGAAGUUGGUUGUGUUUAGCGAAUUAUGAACGGAAUCAUCCAUAAUCUCCAGCUACAUGAUACAGGGCAGUGUGGCAUUUCGGAUAUUGAACGAGAGGGUGUCGAAGAAAAAGAAGAAAAAAACACUCAGAGAAUAAAUGGAUGAA